UGAAAACUGGUGUUUCUGUGAUUCCGUCAGUUUAAAGAGGCUUAAAGGUUCAUUUCAGAGUAAUCUGAAGGUUGGAAGGUGUGCCAGGUGUGUUGUUCUGCUGUUCAGAGUUGAACAGGUUAACAAAGUGCUGGUGCUGAUAAAAACAGCAGCUGAAGGCCUCCGAGUCUUUGUUAACCCUUUCAAAGAGGCUUUGUGUGUGUGCUGACUCGGCGCUCUGAAACACAAAGCAGCGAGUGCCGCUCAGGUGUAUAAAAGCUGAGAGCUCACACAGGUAUGAAGGCAGCCCACCUCCCUCAGCACAGAGCAGCACGUCAACAACACGCCAACAUGUCCGCCACCGACAUGAACACGAAGAGCAGGGUCGUCUUCUACGAGGACAGGAACUUCCAGGGUCGUUCCUACGAGUGCAGCGGCGACUUUGCUGACAUGUCGUCCUACCUGAGCAGGUGUCACUCCUGCAGGGUGGAGAGAGGCUGUUUCAUGGUCUACGACCGCCCCAACUUCAUGGGCAACCAGUACUUCCUGAGGAGGGGCGAGUACUCCGACUACAUGAGCAUGAUGGGAAUGAACGAGUGCAUCAGGUCCUGCCGCGUGAUCCCCAUGCACCGCGGGUCCUACAGGAUGAGGAUCUACGAGAAGGAGAACUUCGGAGGCCAGAUGUACGAGAUGAUGGACGACUGCGACAACAUCAUGGACCGUUACCGCAUGUCCAACUGCAUGUCGUGUCAUGUGAUGGACGGACACUGGCUGAUGUACGAGCAGCCCCAUUACAGAGGCAGGAUGAUGUACAUGAGGCCUGGGGAGUACAGGAACUUCAUGAGCAUGGGCAUGGGCAACAUGAGGUUCAUGAGCAUGAGGCGCAUCAUGGACUCUUACUACUAG